AUGCCUCAAGCAGAAUUCGUUUCGUUUUGCACAUUUAUUGAUACUACAUUUUGGGCGGAAUUAAAUAGACGAAAGCUACAGGAAUGGCGUUUGGAUGAGACAGCGAGGGAAAUAACUGGGUCGUUUUCUUUGUUUGAGACGGUAGGAGACUGCUGCUGGUUGUCACUCGGUCAUGAAAGCUUUCAACAAGGCUAUUCAAACGCUUAUCAAGGACAAUUACUGCUCUUCAAUACUUUAGAGAAGUUCAAAGGAUUGGAUAGGAAGGCUCUUUUAAGGGCGGAAGCGGAGAAAAUCUGGAAUCUUAUUGAAUCAAAGGAGUGGCUGGAACAUCCGCAUCGCCUGACAACUUUCACGUUUACAGCUUACGCCGAUCUGAAGAAGUACCAUUACUACUACUGGAACUGCUUUCCAACGUUGUGCUUUCCAUCAGAUAUUAAUGAAGAGGUAGCGCUGGCAGCGGUGGAUGAAAGACUUAUGCACUAUUUUGACAAGAAUAAUGCACACGUAUUCCUGCGAGAUUCUGAUGGAAACUUCUGGCCGCUCAGUAAGAUAAUGGAAGUGUCAGAUCCAUCAGAGGUUAAAGUGGUUUACGCUGAUCCUUCGCCAAAGCGAGGGCAUGCAGGAUGGCCUCUCAGGAAUUUGAUAGCUGCACUAGCUUACUUGAAACCAUCGUGGAAGUGGUGUUCUUUUAUAUCGCUGAGAGGAGCAGAUCAAUUGAAUGAGUUCAAAAUAUCUUGGGGUGCAACAGAAGUAAGCGGUAUUCCAUCUUGUGUAGGAUGGGAAAGAACUAAUGAAGGGAAGAUGGUGCCUCAGUUUGCAGACCUGCGGCGGCAGUUUGACCCAAAAAAACUGAUGGAACAGGCCGUUGGUCUAAAUCUUUCGCUGAUCAAAUGGCGACUGGUUCCGGAAAUGCGUCUGGAACGUUACUCCUCACUGAAAGUAUUGAUUUUUGGUGCUGGAACGUUGGGAUGUAAUGUUGCGAGAUGCUUGAUCGGUUGGAAUGUGAAGAAAAUCACAUUUGUGGACAAUUCAUCAGUAAGCUACAGUAAUCCAGUACGGCAAUCCUUGUCGGAAUUUGAAGAUGCUCGUGAAUCACGUAGCAAGUCUGAGACGGCUGCUGCAGCACUGAGGCGAAUUUAUCCUAGCAUUGACGCACAAGCGGUUCGAAUGACGGUGCCAAUGCCUGGUCAUACAGUAUCAUGUAGCGAAGAAGCCGCCCUUGAACGAGAUGUAGCCUUAGUAGACGAGUUAGUAGCCGAACACGAUGUGAUAUUCUUAGCAUUAGACAGCAGAGAAGCGAGGUGGUUGCCUACAGUGCUUGCUACGAAGCAUAGAAAGAUGGCGUUCAGUGUGGCACUGGGCUUCGAUAACUACGUGGUUAUUCGUCAUGGUGUUAGGAGUUCCACUUCAAACCAGCCAUCUUCCUCCGGCACUUUGUCUGUUAGAGAAGGCACCGUAAUCCCGUACUCGGAACUUGCAUGCUAUUUCUGUUCUGAUGUGACUGCACCAGGCAACUCGACCGCGGACAGAACUUUGGACCAACAGUGCACGGUUACUCGACCAGGAUUAUCGAUGAUUGCAUCUGGUGUGGCCGUAGAAUUGUUGUCAUCUGUACUACAACAUCCAGAUCCUUUGGCGGCACCAGCUAAUAUUGGUGAACCAGAUGAUUCUUCAUCGUUGCUGGGCGCGACACCACAUCAAGUUCGAGGCUUCUUAUCUAGGUUCAAUCAGAUGACACCAUGUGUUCGACGCUUUGAAAAAUGUGUUGCUUGCGGCGAUAUCGUAGCCUCAGAGUACCUAUCCAGAGGAGCUGAGUUAGUGAAGGAAGUAAUGAACUCUCCAUCUUAUUUGGAGAAGUUGACAGGCUUGGAUCAACUUCAAGCCUCGAUAGACAGCGUUUGCAUUGAAUUCAGUGACAGCGAUUCAGUGAUGUCUCUGUAG